AGUGCCGUGGGCGACAGGACUGGCGCGCCGCGUGGGGACUGCUUGGGCAGUUUGGUGCCCGGGUAGCGGCGACUGUGAGAGUGACCGGCGCGGGCACCUGAGUUCGGCGCGGAGAUGCUGACUCCCGCGUUCGACCUCAGCCAGGACGCCGACUUCCUGACUGUCGCCAUCCGCGUGCCUUACGCCCGGGUCUCCGAGUUCGACGUUUACUUCGAGGGGGUCGAUUUCAAAUUCUACGCCAAGCCGUACUUUCUCAGAUUAACCCUCCCUGGAAGAAUUGUGGAAAAUGGAAAUGAGCAAGGAUCCUAUGAUGCAGAUAAAGGGAUCUUUACCAUUCGACUGCCCAAAGAAACUCCUGGCCAGCAUUUUGAGGGACUGAACAUGUUAACUGCUCUUCUGGCACCAAGGAAAUCCAGAACUGCAAAACCACUUGUGGAAGAAGUAGGUGCUUCUGAGGUUUCUGAGGAAGGUGUUGAAGAUGAUGAUGAAGAAUUUGAUUGGGAAAUUGAACAGUCACCCUACGAAGAGGUAUCCGAAAGUGCCCUGAAUCUACAGUGUCACUAUGGAUUCGGAAACUUACGUUCAGGAGUAUUUCAGAGGUUACAGGAUGAAUUGAGUGAUGUUAUCGAUAUUAAGGAUCCAGAUUUCACUCCUGCUGCUGAGCGAAGGCAAAAACGCUUGUCUGCUGAGCUGGCCAAAUUUGAUUCUGAUCAUUAUCUAGCUGACUUUUUUGAGACUGAGGCGAUUGAACAGGUUUUGAAGUAUAAUCCUUGGUGGACUGAUAUAUAUUCAAAAAUGACAGCGUCUUUGGGAAAGAACCAGAAGCAAGAAAAUUGUGCUGCGUUGGUGUCUUUUUCUGAAGAAGACAAGUAUCAACUACGGAAAUUUGUCAAUAAAUCUUAUCUGUUGGACAAGACAGCCAUUCGCCAGGUGUACUUCAGUUUGAUUGACAUCCUUCUGGCAUAUUGCUAUGAAACUCGUGUCACCGAAGGAGAGAAGAAUGUUGAAUCUGCCUGGAAUAUCAGAAAACUGAGUCCGACACUGUGCUGGUUUGAGACCUGGACUAAUGUUCAUGAAAUCCUGGUAUCUUUUGGAAGAAGAGUUUUGUGCUAUCCACUUUAUCGCCAUUUUAAGCUGGUGAUAAAAGCCUACGGAGACACUAUAAAGAUAUUACAACUAGGUAGAAGUGCAGUUUUAAAGUGUCUACUGGAUAUUCACAAAAUUUUUCAGGAAAAUGACCCUGCUUACAUUUUAAAUGAUCUCUACAUUUCAGACUACUGUGUGUGGAUUCAGAAAACCAAAUCCAAAAAGUUGGCAGCUCUUGCUGAAGCCUUAAAGAAAGUAUCUCUGACAAAGGCCCAGCUGGGAUUAGAACUAGAAGAACUGGAAGCAGCAGCACUUCUUGUCCAGCAGGAAGAAACUGCAUUAAAAGCAACCCAUUCUGUUCCCAGGCAGCCAACAUCUACCUCCAGUUCUGAGGCAAGUGAUUCUGAAGAAACAGACAGCACUGAAUCAUCUGAGGCCCAAGUUUCAGAUUCAGAACAAGAGGAGCUCGAAAAUACUGAAUCUAAGACAGUAAAUUCCUUUCCAGGUCCGUUUGUUGAGGAAAACAGUGUCCUACUUAUUGAUGCUGGUGGGGGAGGCAGAAACCCAGCCCUCCUGAGGUCUGAUGUCACUCAGGGAAAGCCAGGCACGCCUUCUUCGGCUCUUCCCAGGGCUAAGCCUCUGAUAGAGGAGCUUGGAGAACAACUGCAAACUAACGUUCGGAUUUCCGACACUGCGCCUGGAAACUGCAGCAGUGUCCAGGACAAAAACGACAGGCAGACACCAAGCGAUUGCUAGCGAUUUUACUCAUUGUUGAGAAUUAUGUGAGGUUUGGUUUUUAUUGACUGAAUUAGAAUUCAUUUUCACAUUAUAUUUUUCGUUAUAAGGGUAUUCAAUAUUGCUUUUCAAUGAACUAAUGUUUAUACCUGUUGAGUUCCUUGUUGCAGUUUUAAAAAUAAACUGUAACGUUUUUACUGAAGUGUAAUAAAUAUUUGAUGAUGAAGAUAACAGUUCUGCCCAAAUCUAUAGACUAUUGUGCCCAUUGAUAUAGUUUAUAGUUUUACUGAGGUAUACCUAACAUAUAAAUACAUGUAUUUAAAGUGUACAAUAUGGUAAGUGUUGACAAACCUGUAUGUAUAUAUACCAAAGGAAGCCAUCACUUAACAAUUAACAUGCUAUACUUAACUAUCAUGUCCAGUGUCCUCAUGCCCCUUUGUAACCCUCCACUUUACCCUACCUCCCCGGCAAGCAUCUGUCUGCCUUCCAUUACUAUACAUUGGUUUGCAUUUCCUAAUUUAGUGUAAAUUGGAUAAUGUAAGAUGUACUCUUUUUUUUAAUCUAAUUUCAGGCUUAUUUCACUCAGUGUAACUAUUUUGAGAUUCAUCAGUGUGAUAACAUGGAUCUGUUUUUUCUCUCCAUUGCUGAGUAGUGUUUCAUUGAAUAGAUUUAUCCAUUCACUUAUGGAUGGACAUUUGGGUUGUAACCAGGUUUUCUGACUGUUGGAAAUAAACAUUGU